CCACAGAAAACGGUCACCGGUUGGGUGCUUAUAAGGAUAAAUAGCUCUCGUUCCAGUUUGUCACCUUCAUUUCACCGCUGUUCCCCGCCUGGCUGCGACGUAUAGCUUGAAGCAUAAAAACUCAGAGAUGAAACUCUUCUUGGGAGGUUUGUUGCUCAUAGCAACGGCUGCGUUGGUUUGCUCAUUCGAACUGAGGGCUGACCCGAGGGCAAAGAGGCAAGCUGCGCCUGAUGACACCGCUGACGUCAAAAAUGACACCGCUGCCGUCGAAAGGGCUUGUAACGUCAUGACCAGACCACAUGCCAAGGUCGUCGGGGCAUUUGCGCCCACCUGUGCCCGCCAGAACAACUUCGACAUCCCAGGAGCAUUGGUGACGGGGUUGGUUAUCAGCCCACAGUCUCAAAACGGCUCGGAUUACAUGCAAGAUGUCUUAUCAGACCUGGAGAUCCCUGCAGCAAAAAGAGCCAACAUGACUGAUUGCCUCAUUCCUAAACUGGCACAGAAAGCGCAAAACUUCAUCGACUACCAACGCAGCGCUGGGCACAUCACGCUGUCAGUGGCCGCUUCCGACCUCAAGGACAGUUUCGAGAGCUGCAAGCAAAAUAAUGGGACUGCCAUUUUUGAAUGCUACGAAAAGGCUUGCGUCUCCUCCCUGGUGUCAGCCCUCGAUAACUUAAUCACUUGGUAGAAAUGUAAGACAAAGGAUUCCUUUGUCCAAGAACCCGCCUCUAAUAUCAAUGGAUUCUACCGAAGACAAGGUGUUCCGGUUCCACUGUCUACUGCUGGUCUAGUGGUGCAGAUAUUUCAUCCUCUGUCAAAUGCUUUCGUGCUGAUAUCGGAUCGUAGUCCUCAUUACGUGAAUUUAAUUUUUAUGUUUGAUUUAUUGUUUUUUUUUAUCUGUGCACAAGCGUUGUCCCGACUUUCAAUUUUGAUAAACCGUUGUUGUUAUUAUUUUUUAGCACUGACCCAGUGCUAUUCUACAGAUAUCAUUCUUUGUAUGCCUUUGGAAUAAAGUUUCUUCAUAA